AUGAUGCUACCCGCCUCCUCUUCUUCUGGCUCUGGCCUGGCAGAUACGAUGCUAUCUGCCUCCUCUCCGAACGGUUCCGGCUUGGCAGACACGUUGUUGCCUGCCUCCUCCCUUUCUGGCUCCGGCCUGGCAGACGUGUUGUGGCCUGCCUCCUCUUCUCUUGGCUCCAGCCUGACAGGUAGAGAGUUUCAGUUGAAGCUAUACCGUGCACCUCCUUCGUCCAAGCCACGUUCUAGCUCUUUCGUACUAAGGAUCGGUCUGUCGGUUGCUCGCUUUUCUCGCAUAUUGGUUAUCCCGGUGACUCUUCAACUGUUUCCUGUCACAUCUCUAGGCUCUGGCCUGGUGGAUUGGAAGCUAUCUGCCACACUUACCAGCACUCCCUGUGCUUCUUCAGCAAGCAGAGCCAUUCCUGUUCCUUCUUUGGAUUUCUUUGCACCUCAGGGCAUUGCAGACAUGUUGUCUGACUCUGCUUUGACCUUACUUGUUUUGCUGCUCACAGGCCCAGCACCACCAGUUCACCCCAACACCACCUGCAAGCUUCCCAUUUUCAACCAUUCAGACACUCCCACCACUGUUGGCUUUCUCAAGCUCGAGCACUGGGCUCCCUUCCUCGACCUCUACCCUGAUCAAGACUUCGCCAACCAGCUGAGGGGUGCUCUUCGCCAUGGCGCAUGUCAGGGGUCUCGCGCCUGA